CGUGCCAUCCUUUCCGGUUGACGUAUGCCGAUGGAAGUGGAGUCGUUGCAGAUAUUAAAUGGCACAUACAUUCGCGAUUGCCGUGACGUAAUUCCCGACUUGACGUUCCUCGUUGGAUUGACUAAAAUCGCAAACUAUUUGUCGUCACGCGAAACGCAACUCGCGAGUCCCGACACGCGUCUGACGUCGCGCCUCAUCGCGCUUUCGACCUUGCGCCUGACGCCAAUUUGACGCAUCCACGCAAUGCGCAAGAGCAGGACGUAGCCGGGCGUCGAGCUGAUCGUCAUGGCAUUUCCGCCUUGGUCGUCGGUUAGCAGCAGGUUUUUAGGCAGGCAGUCAGAUGGCAAAGGGUACGGCGGAACGUGAGCGGAUCACAAAUGAGGGAGUAGCGUAGCCGCGCGGCUCGGAUGCGACAGGAGGAGAAGUCCCACGAGAGCAGCUGGCGAGCAGCGGCGGACCGACUGUUCCGACUGUUCAUUCUAGUUCAGGGAAAUUGCAUAUUGCGAUAUGUCCAAUUUCCUGCCUAUCACCCAUCGUGAACAUUUAAUUUCCGUAAAAAGGAUUUAAUUUUAAUCGAAUAAGCGCGAGCGUAGGAUCCCGCAUUCGAGGCCCGGUUCACGUCCGAUGUGAUGAAAAUGCGUUAAAACCUGAACGUCAGCAAAAUGCCACGUAUAGAUCCUCUAUCGUUACUCAAAUGCCUUAGCGUUUUAUUGGGUCCAACAGGAGGUAUUAAGAGUAAAGAAGAAGUUCAUCGAUUAGCUAAUUUAAUGACAAAAUUUUCAAAGAAGCUUGUUUCAAAAUGCAUUUAUAUACAAAUAUUGAAAACCACUAAUACGGACUUGCUUAGUCAAUUUAUGAGCGCUGGAGGAUGGAAUCUCAUUCACACGUGGCUCACUGAUGGCAUUCUUGCCAAGAACUGGGCCCUCAUUCAAGAACUCCUCGAACUUCUGCUGCUCUGUCCAGUAGAUAUCGAACGGUUGAAGAGUAACAAUUGUCCAAAGUUGAUUAAGGGUUUGUCGAAGGAAGGUAGUCACCAAGGUGUUCGGACAUUGGCCAGUCGACUCGUGGAACAAUGGCUGAAAAUUGUAAAGGGAGAAGCGGCGCCGAACUCGGUGCCAGCUCAAAUCAUGACGGUUCCAGGGCAGUCAAAUGCCACCGUUGGCCAAACCGCCAUCAUAGCAUCACAGCAGCAGCAGCAGCACUCUGCGAACAAUCAGCAAGGUGUAGAUGCUGUCGAAACUGCAACUGUUCACAUGCAGGACUUCAAACUUGCGCAGUCUACCGCGAGUAUUUCAAUAAAUCAGCAAGAUCAAGAGAAGCAGCAACAAACACUGCAGGAAAGGUUACAACCGCAAACGGUGCAAGUCGUCGGCAAGGCUCAGCAGGUACAACAGCAAGUAACGCAACAGCAAUGUAAAAAGCAGCAAUUUGUUGUUUUACCGACGGGUUCGUCACUGCCUGUUUAUAAGAUCACUAUUCGCGAUGGCAAUCAGGUCCUCGCGAAGGUAGAGACGGACGCUGCAAAUAUAAGUAACGUCCUGAAUGCAACGGGUACGGACAGUGAACACAUCCUGAAUGUUCAGCAGGAGGUGAGAUCGGAAGUGGACGAGUUUGACGAGACGGAAGAAAAUAGCAGUGCGACUGGUGGUCGAGACGAUGUAAUAGAUGUUGUACAUACAGACGAUUCCGGACACGUUCCUAGUGAAGUGAAACAAAUUGUAGUUAGUUCUAAAGACAAUCAGGAUGAAGGUGUUAAAAGUAAAGACUCUAAGGACAUUAUCAGUAGUGAUAGCGGUAAAUCUAGUGACAAAGAAAAUAGAGAUUCUCAUAAAAAAGAUGAUAAAAAGUCAAGUAGUAGUUCCGACAGUAAGAAAAGUAGCGGCCAUCAUCACAGUUCGUCUUCGUUAUCGUCGUCUAAGAGCUCUAAGCAUGGCACGAGUUCUAGCGCACAUCGCAGCAGCUCCACAUCCCAUAGAUCCAGUAGCCACCGUUCGGGUUCUAGUAGUAGUAGUUCCAAAAACUCCAGCUCCAGCAAAGACAGGUCUUCCAAGGAUAAGGACAAACAUCACUCCAGCUCAUCCAGCAAGCACAGUUCAAAUAGGAGUAAAUCCGAGCGAGACAAGGAGCGGGAGAAGGAGAAGGAGAAACAGAAGAAGGAUCAGGCGGAGAAGGACAAGGCGACACUGGAGAAGGUGCAAGGUCAGGCCUUGAGCUCUAAGAUGGGCAAGAUACCGAAGAAGCGAACGGAAGAUGAGAAGUCGGGCGACGCGAGGAAGUCCUCGACGGAGUCGCGCGACAGCUCGAAGGAGAAUAAAGAGAAGACGGAUUCGAAGAAGGACGCCGUUGCAGCGAAGCUCAUUGCCGAGAAGAAGAACAUUUCCAUAUCCAUUGAGAAUAGAAAGAAUAGCCAGGACUCGGGGAUGCGACCGAAGACGGUGAAGACCUUUAAUUCGAAAUUCAGAUCUACGGGCCUAGAGGAAGAAGUAAAACCACCACCACCCAGAUCGAAGAAGGCGGCUCCGGUUGUUGACAAGAAGAUUCUGCCUCCAAAAAUACCUUUGAAGAGACCAUCGCCGUUGAGAGACGUUCCACUGGCGGAAAAACGUAUGAAGGUAUCACUGGAUUCACCAACAACCCCACCAAGCGAUGAGAAAAAGGGAGGGAUUAAGCUGAUUCCACCAAAACCUAAACCGAUGAUGCUGCAAGAGAGCGACAUGUUCAUGGAUGCUCUUACUGCGUCUACCAAAAGCAAGGAGCCGAGGAAGCGUAAGCGGAGAGCUUCUAUCACGAAGGACGGGACCACGGAAGCUAAAAAGCAGGAAAUCGCUAACGCCGACAAUCAACGCGAGAGCACACCACCACCUACUUCGCCCUCGAAUGCCGAAGAGAAAUCGCCGGUUGCUCUCAAACCCAAUUUCAAGUUCUAUCAAGACACGCUGGAAAUAGAAGAAGACAAAGAUCAAAGAGAAAAAGAAAGUGGCGAGGAGGAAUCGAGGAAGGAUAAAGAUCAGAUACUGGAUGAGGAGAAAGAUAAUAGAGACGAUGAUGAAAUUGGAAGUAACACACCGACGCCCGAGGACGAUGUGGAAGAUAUCAAAGAUGUAGAUUCACCAGAAGAUUCGUCUUCGAUAAUUUCGGAUUCGGCGAAAAAGGAUGGAUCCUAUCCCGAAAUACGAUAUGUGGACGGACUUAAAAGCGUUCUGCUACUUCAGAAACGUAAAGGGCCGAAAAAGGUUUUGAAGUGGAAGGCAGAUUUAGAAUCUAUACGUUACUUCGAAUUGGACGAAACGGAAAGAGUUAAUGUGACAAAGACGUUUACUGAUAUGAAGCAGAUGGAGAAGCAAAACGAGAGGGAGGCAUUCCAAAUGGCCAGAAAAUUAAAUAGUGAAGAUGUAAUGGAGGAGAAAACGAGAUGGAAACCUUUAACUCCGAUUGAUCUACCGCCUCCGUUAGUGGAGCCUGGCAAGGACAGCAAGGAAAAGGAUAUCCAAUAUGCUCGCGAGAAGGGCAUUCUCCAAGCUCUUUACUUUAAUCGAAGCAUGAUUCCAGACUCUGCGGCUGAACCCGAUGAAGAGCGGCACGUAAUGACUGACCCUAAAAUAAUACCGUUAGAAGAUCUCACAGGUAAUAAAGAGAGCGAAAAGGACUUCACAGCGAUACCGUGGCCGGAACCUAAGCCACAGCCUCCGCAGCCAUCGACUGUAACGACGUUCCACUAUCCGACGACGUAUCCGCACAACCAGCAAGGGAUGAUGACAGCUAUGGGACCCCAAUCGACAAUGGGCCCCAUGCCGCAAAUACCCCAGCAGAUGAUGGCUCCCACGCACAUGGCUCCCAUGUCUCAGGAGAUGGCAGGGCCGAUACCGGCCACCGGCGGUGGUGGUUGGAGAACGGGCGACGGUAAAGUCCUCGUGCCGGACGUCAGUAUGAAUCCGAUGGCAAACAUGUCGGGUGGUUUCAAUCAGGGGAUGGAGGGUGGUCCCAUGGUACCACCGGGAAUGAUGGGACCACCCCCCAUGUACCCCAAUCAAGAGGGCUAUGGCAUGAUGUGCCCGGAUGACAUGGGAUACAAUAACUUCCAAGGUCCGCCCGGGCCGAUGUACGGUCCUGGGCCUAACUUUCCGGGUCCGAGGGGCGCCCAUAUGCACAACAGAGGUAGAGGUGGUCCCGGCUGGGGAUACCGCGGGCCUGUCAGAGGCGGUUGGAGAGGUGUCGGCGGUGGAUGGCGAGGAAGUGGAAAACAGCCACCGGUAUGUAGACAGUUUUCGAAAAACGGUUAUUGCCGAGUCGGUGACAAAUGCCAAUAUCUUCAUCCCGGUGUAAACUGUCCGCCGUUUUAAAAAAAAAAGUGGGAAGUGGCCGGAACAGUGAUACCGACAAUUAAAUUGGAUAGUGAUUUAAUGUACUGAUUGAGUGAUAUCGAAAAAUAUCUUAAAUUGGAGGUACCCAAAAAGUGACGAAGGAGAAGAAGAAGGGACUUACUUUGCGGCGUUUUAAUGAUAUAUGUAUGGUACCGAUGUUUUUCAAUCUGGGAUUCUGGGGUCAUAUCGACGAGAAUUGACUUGGAAAGCAGAUUGAAGUGUGCCCACCAACAUAUAAAACACCCAAAGUGAAAAAAGUCGUAAUAUCACAUUCAUUGUGCAAUUUUUUUUACGCAUUUUGCAUGACUACAUGAGUAAUAUUUCUAUCUGAUAAUACUCGAUGAGUUCAACAAGUUCUUCAACAAGUUAUAUGUAAAUAUGAUGACGUUUUUAAUGAAUGCAGUAUAAAGUUGUCACAGCAUUCGAUAUGGUCGAUCAUACUCGCAAAAUUGUAAAAUUUAAUUGUAACGAUACCAAAUUCAUAUCGGCUGCUGGACAGCAAGAUUAUUUCCAAAUGGCUCAAUUUGGGAAGAUUACUAACAUAAUCUUCUUUUUGGUUCCUUCAAAUCAUAUAUAUCUUUGUAAUUAUACGAUGCAUUUGAGUAUAAGAUUUCCCCCUCCCCCUUUUUUUCAUCUUCCUUUACAUAUAUAUUUACUAUUAUAUGAGGCCAUUACCGAGAUUAUGGUUAUUUAAUACAUUUUUGAAGUGCGAUUCAAAAAAAUUGCAGAUAAAGAUAAAUCGAUCGAAUUAUAUUAAAGUGACAGCUGAAGUGUUCUAUACACAUACACAUUCUUGAAAUGUUAUUGAGAAUUAUGCUGUACAUUGUCACUGCUUCGUACGUAAAAUAAUAGAAUUCUGAGAGGCAACUAAUAUCCUAUAGUGAAAUUCCUAAUAGAAAAGGAAUUUCAAUACGACAAGCUCAUACUUUUGAGCAUGGUGCUGCGUCCUGCUAGAAGCGAAAGUCUAACAAGAAAAAAAAAGAUGCAAACAAGUUCAUACUUUUUUUAUCGUAAUAUUAAUAAUUUUUAUGUGUAGAUUCCUUGUAAAUAUGUUUGCAUAAUAUAUACAUAAGUAGAUUAUUCUCUAUAUAAUAAGACUGUUAGAUUUAGUUCUGUAAUAAUGAGGAGACCGGAGCGGUAAAAUAUUUAAUGGGAAACAUAUGUACACACGUCCUAAUUAAAGUAGAAUAAUCGGUCGGAAUAUUGCUCCAACUAAUUUCCCCAAGUUUGAUGUACAAAAUCAUGUAACGAUUCUUUGUAACUUAUAACCGUCGUGGUAAUGCAAAUUUUUUACCGUGUAAGAUGGUGGAUUACACCUUUUUGUAUAUGAUUGAUCGUUAUGUUUGUAUAUAUAAACAAUGUUGUAUAAGCGUUGCUUGAAAAUACACCAGUCAUAAUUAUUUUUUAAAA